CUUGCACUUAACUCCAAAGCUGGCUCUUGGAGGUUGAGGUGAGAGCGACGCUGACGUGGUAGCUGCUGCCGCUUUCGUCGUGGGAUAAUAAGCCGGGUAGAGUUGCUGAGGAUCUACCGUAUCUACGAUUAACUAUGGAAGACUAUACCAAAAUAGAGAAAAUCGGAGAAGGUACCUAUGGAGUUGUGUAUAAGGGUAGACACAAAACUACAGGUCAAGUGGUAGCCAUGAAGAAAAUCAGACUAGAAAGUGAAGAGGAAGGGGUUCCUAGUACCGCAAUUCGGGAAAUUUCUCUAUUAAAAGAACUUCGUCAUCCAAAUAUAGUCAGUCUUCAAGAUGUGCUUAUGCAAGAUUCCAGGUUAUAUCUCAUCUUUGAAUUCCUUUCCAUGGAUCUCAAGAAAUACUUAGAUUCCAUCCCUCCUGGUCAGUUCAUGGAAUCUUCACUUGUUAAGAGUUACUUGUACCAAAUUCUACAAGGGAUUGUGUUUUGCCACUCCAGAAGAGUUUUGCACAGAGACUUAAAACCUCAAAAUCUAUUGAUUGAUGACAAAGGAACAAUUAAAUUGGCUGAUUUUGGCCUCGCCAGAGCUUUUGGAAUACCUAUUAGAGUAUAUACACAUGAGGUAGUGACACUCUGGUAUAGAUCUCCAGAAGUACUGCUGGGGUCAGCUCGCUACUCAACUCCAGUUGACAUUUGGAGUAUAGGCACUAUAUUUGCAGAAUUAGCAACUAAGAAACCACUUUUCCAUGGGGAUUCAGAAAUUGAUCAACUCUUCAGAAUUUUCAGAGCUUUGGGCACCCCCAAUAAUGAAGUGUGGCCAGAAGUGGAAUCUUUACAGGACUAUAAGAAUACAUUUCCCAAGUGGAAACCAGGAAGCCUGGCAUCCCAUGUCAAAAACUUGGAUGAAAAUGGCUUGGAUCUGCUCUCGAAAAUGUUGGUCUAUGAUCCUGCCAAACGAAUUUCUGGCAAAAUGGCACUGAAUCAUCCAUAUUUUAAUGAUUUGGACAAUCAGAUUAAGAAGAUGUAGCUUUCUGAGCAUUUCCACGUAUCAAAAACAGAUAGUUAUAUUUUUACUGUUAACUUUGUCUAUUUUUUGUUUUGUGUUUUUCUUUCUUUGUCGUAAACUUAAGCUGUACUUCAUCUUCUGAUUUCAAAACUGUAACUUAAAAAUGUAAAUAUUGUUCUAUAUGAAUUUAAAUAUAAUAAUUCUGUAUAUGUUUAUAGAUCUCACUGUAACAACUAUAUGUUACCAUAAUAAAAGUAUAAAUCUAGUACUGAUGUCAGGAAUUGGAAAAAUUUUGAGUUAGCUUAAAUCAUCUCAAAUCUUUAGAGUCUGGUUUUCCUGUAGUUGGAACCACCAAAAUUUAGGAAAGUGUGCUAAGUUCAAAGUUCAUAAAGCUUUGAAGUGUUUUUAUGCUCUGUUUAAAUUUUUGUCUGUUUCUUGCCAAGUGGUAACCGUACAACCUGCCUAAAGAUGAGUAUUUUUCUGCUGUUAUUUCAAUUUGUGACCUAAAUGUUCAAGCAUUCAGAAUGAGAAAACUAUUGAGAUUUGAGAAAUGAUGCUAAAUUUAUAGAGGUUUUCAGUAACCUAUAAAACUAACAUUAGAGCAUGCCAAAGUUUGCUAGGUUUUACAGUCAAAGAUCAAGGGCUGCUCACAGCAGGGAAGAACAGUUUAGAAAAUUUAUGAACUAGCCUAUUUUUAGGUAGGUUACGAAAGCUGUUUGUCUAAGUGAAUUCUUAUGCCUUGGUCAGAGGUAAUAACUAGACAAAGGAGCUGCUCAUCUUGGCUUUCAAGUCUGACUUACAGUCAGUCUGCAGUAAGAGAGUGCAGAACCUAGGGAUGGAAGUCAUUUGGGGUCACAUUGUUAAGAGUUAAGAUUUCACGGUGGGAAUUUGGUAAAUGAAAGGUCACACAAAAGAUUUAAUUAAGAUGCUGAAAUGACAUCCCCUUAGGCUUGAGUUUUCUUACUUAUAAAGUGAAGUGUUGAACUGCAUCAGUUUUUCAAAUUGUGGAUUGCAACUCUAUAGUAGUUCACAACUUUCCCUCCUCGCCAUGUAGAAUAGAAACUCAGCCCAUCUUAUGAGUAAAUAUUUCUUGGUACUUCUGUCUCAGUAAUGUCUAGAUACAUGAGGGUUACAAAUGGUUGGGGCUUUGUGGAUUUCGUAGAAGCAGCAGGCAACCUCACUGAUGCAUGGAGUCUAAUUGUUUGAAAAGUCAAUAAGUCAUCAAUUUAGAACCUACAUUGUGAACCAGGGAAACGAGAUGGUAGAACAGUGUGUGUGAUCAAUUGCUAUAAUGAGUGUCCUACUUUUUUGUGUAGUGCUGUGUAAAGUGUUUAUGUCAGCUUCAGUAGCUGGGUGAAAGCUACUGAAUUGGGUCCUCCCUCAUCUCAUAAAUAUUUUAAAUUGGCUUGUGCUCUUUUGCUUCUGAUUAAUUUUAAAAUGGAACAUGUCUCUAGGUCAGUAGUUCUUAAGUCUGUUGUACACUAGAAACACCUGAGACUAAUUCUAGUCCUACUCUUGAGCAGUUCUGAAGUUGAAAACUGGGAAAUGUAUCCCAGGAAACUUUGUUCAGAAGUUCCCCAGGCUGAUUCUGAUGCAGCCCGUUACCAUAAGUUAGUGGUGAGUUUAAUGACAUCUAGUUUUCAUUGUCUUAAAACUUCAUGGCAUUAUGUAGUAUCUUUAACUUGUUCUAUUUCUGUUUCAGUCUAUACUUUUUCAUGACGGACAGGAGAUAGCUAUAUAUUUUGUCACCAAUGUAAGACUUCCAUAUACUUGAGCAUAGCACUGUGACAAUUGCCCUAUGUUAGCAUUGUCCGUAGUCUUUGCCGUAGGGUUUUUUUUUUUUAAGUUUAAAUAUACAAGCAGUAAUGAUGCAGAGAUUAAUACAUAAUGUACAAUAAAAUCUUGGUAAUUUACAUGGGGACAUGGCAUAUAUAUAAAUUGUUUUUUUAAAAAAUGGAAUUUGACCCUAAACCUUCCAUUGUCUUUGUGGAGAAAAGUGAAUGGUGUAAAGAUUCCAGGCUUUAGAGCCAGAGAGAUUAGGGCUUGCCAUUUCUGUGUCCUUGAACAAGUCACCCAGUGUCUCUGAGUCUGUUAACUCGUACAGUGGAGAUCAUAGGAUUUAUUAUUUAUGUAAAUAUAUGUAAUAUAUUUAUAUAACUAUAUAAAUAGGAUUGUAGGGUGGUUGUCAGGAUAGAGAUAGGGUUGCCAAGCAUCCUGCAUAUAUAGGACAUGUCCAUUUUUGCCUGUAUAUUGCCGUGUCCAUUUAGGAUGCCCUGAAUGUCUUUUUUUCAAUCUAUUACAAAAAACUGGGCAGUUCUGUUUUUCUGCCACAGUAACUGGAGCUUAAAUCCAUUAAAAAGCAACCCUAGAUGGGAGAGUGUAUAGGUGAAGUUCUAGCACAUGGUAAUUUCUUUGCACGCUUAGCAGUUUUUUUUCAUGUUCCCUCUAUUGUUUUCUCCUUUACUAAAGUGCAAGUCCAGUGAGGGCAGCGGCCAUGUCUUACCCUUUCGUUGUCCAGCUCUUGGUCUAGUACUUGAAGCAUUAGACACGAUUCUUUAAGUUUGCCUAAAGGUGGUGGUACCUCACCUUCAGUAAUUGAACAUGUGAGCAGGCACUGUGCUUUACAUAUGUUCCUCUUUCUUCAUGGCAACCUUGGAACGGGCAUUGAUGUUACAGAUGAUAAAACUAAGAUCUGAGAACCUGCCGAA